AUGGGUUUCCUCUAUAAUGCCAUGGAUUCAGCCAAGGAAAAGAUAGCACAUACCUUAGGUGGACAAGAAAAAGAUUACAAGGAGAUAUGGGAUAUCAUAGAUGUCAAAUGGGAAUCUCAAUUACAUCGACAUUUGCAUGUCGCCGCAUACUUUUUGAAUCCCCAUUGUCAUUAUGCACCAGGAAUUUCCAGUCAUCCUGAGAUCAAGUUGGGUUUGUUCCGUUGUAUGGACAAGCUUAUACCAAAUCCUAAAGAUAAAGAGAAAGCGGACCUCCUACUGGAAUGGUGGAUUCAAUUUGGGGAUGGCACUCCGGAGUUACAAAAGUUUGCAAUUAAAGUAUUGGGUCUUACUUGCUCAUCAUCAGGAUGUGAGCGAAAUUGGAGCACUUUCAAUCAAGUUCAUACAAAAAGAAGAAAUCGGUUGCCUACCCUAAGAAUGAAUUCUUUGGUAUAUAUAAUGUAUAAUAAAAGAUUGAAUGAUAGACAUUUGAAGUUGAAAUCUCAAUCAAAUGAGGAUGAUGCGUUGUUGAUUGAUGAGAUGCCGUCAGAUGAUGAGGAUCUUGGAGUUGAUCUUAGAGGAUGGGGAUUGACUCAAUUGAACCAAAACAAUAGAACUGCUCCGAAAUCUAGUUCAAGAGCAGGGAAAAGAAAGAGGGUAUUAGGCUUGGAUGAAGAUGUAUGGGAGGGUAUUGAUGGUGAUAAUGAAGAUGGUGAUGAUGAGAGAAAGAGGGUAUUGAUGGUGAUAACGAUUUCUCGGAAGAUCCUUUAA